ACAGAAAUAGUAAAUUAACUUUUGAGCUCCAGUCACCACUGAGUUUUUGAACUGAAGCACAAUUAUCAGAUAUGAUAUCAGAUCUCAAAUAAUGUGACGUGUCGUGUGUGAGAGUGUGAUUUGUAGACGCUCCCUCAGUGACAGUAUGGCGGCUCUGGCUCUGACUGCACGAGCGUCAGAACACGGUCUGAUCUGAUCUGAGAUCUGCUGCACAUAUCAAACACACACGGCUCAGCAUGGAGCACACGCCCGAGACACACAGCAAAGAAGUGGACAUUUAUCGGGACACAUGGGUGAGAUUUCUAGGUUACGCUAACGAGGUGGGCGAGGCAUUCCGCGCGCUGGUGCCGGUCAGCGCCGUGUGGGCCAGUUACGCCGUGGCCACCGCAUACGUGUCAGCUGACGCGCUGGACAAAGGCAGGAAAGCAGCGGCGGCUCACGCUGAGGAUCAUGGGAAGGCGACGCGAGUGGCCGUCGCUGUGGUCGAUACGUUCGUCUGGCAGGCUUUGGCUUCGGUGGCCAUUCCUGGAUUCACCAUCAACCGUGUCUGCGCCGCGUCGCUCUUCCUGUUGGGGAAAACCACACGCUGGCCACUUCCUGUGCGCAAGUGGACUACAACCGCCAUUGGCCUCUCCACCAUCCCCUUCAUCAUCACACCCAUCGACAGGUCGGUGGAUUUCCUGUUGGACUCCAGUCUGCGGAAACUCUAUGGUGAAGGAGAAAAACAUGAAUGAGCCUCAUCACGACACACCCCUGACCCCUGACCUUUGACCUUUGAGCGCCGGUCUGUGAUCAUCAGCAGAAACGUUUCUGACAGAGAUGGGAUUUCUGAUGUUUCAGAUGAACUGUGUCUCUCUCAGACUUCAUGAUGUUUGUUUGUUUUCAGGUGUUUACUUUGGCUCUUUUGUCUCACUAUUACAGGGAUUUUAUUUCUGGUCAACCGUUGAAGAAUCCAGUAUGUAUGUUUCUGUAUAAAUGAUAAACUAGUGAAGGGUGA